UCGAUGUAAGUUUGUAUUAAAAACCUUACUAAUAAUAAAUAUAACACAUUGUCGUUUAUAAUCAGCGUAUAAGACGUGUUCUGAGUAAAUUAGACUUGAUUCGUAGCUGUCAACGUUUGUAAAUCCAGAAUAUUAAAAAUAAUGUCCUGCUCAGUUUUAACGGAUAACAGCGCCAAGCCGAGGUCCAUGAGCCGAGCAAAGCAGUGGACAGAAGAGAUCGAGAACCUGUUCAGAUUUCAGCAAGCUGGAUACAGAGAUGAGCUGGAGUACCGACAAGUCAAACAAGUCCAGAUUGACCGUUGGCCGGACACUGGGUUUGUGAAGAAGCUUCAGCGUCGAGAUAACACAUUUUACUACUACAACAGAAAGCGGGAGUGUGAAGAUCGAGAGGUCCAUAAAGUGAAGGUGUACGCGUACUGACAGCUCCUCGACCCCACCAGCACUUAAGCCAUUUUAAUGCAUGAUCAGAGUUGCCCUACUGUACUUUUAAU